CUUCUUCCACCACCUCUCCUCCCAUGGCUCCCCCUACUUCCUCCACACUCCUCUCUCUUACAUCUCCAUGUCACUCUUUCUUAUUCGACACCGCCUCGCUUCCGUUGCAGCUCCUCUUCUUCUCUUCCUUGUUUCCCGUACCGGCAAAUCCAGCGCCACCUCCCUCCUCUCCUUCGCAGUCACCGCUUCCUCUCCGGGUCCCCUCCACCCCGUCCUUGUGGAUUCCAUCAUGGCCGCAUACACCGAUGCCGGCUUCUUCGAAGAUGCCCUCCAGUGCUUUCGCUUUGCGCGCAACCAUUAUAUGCCGCUCCCUUUUUCUGCUUGUUCGCUUCUAGUCCGCCGUCUACCUGUGGCUGACAAGGCCCAUGCGUUCCUGAUGGAGAUUCUCAAAGCUGGAUUUCCUGUUAAAAUUCAAGAUUUUAAUGUUUUGAUUAACCGAUUUUGCAAUGAGGGGAAGCUUAGUAAUGCCCGUGAGGUGUUUGAUGAAAUUUCUAAAAGUGGGUUGCGGCAUACUGCAGUUAGUUUCAACACUUUGAUGAACAGUUAUUGUAAAGGCGGCAACUUGGAUGCGGGGUUGGAGAUGAAGUGCAUGAUGGAGCAGGCUGGAAUUGCGGCAGACGUCUUCACUUACACAAUUCUGAUCAGAGCUUAUUGUGUAGCAGGAAGACUCAAGGAUGCUACUAAGAUGUUUGAUGAAAUGUGUGACACAGGCCUCGCACCAAAUAUGGUCUCCUUCACCAGUCUGAUUGAUGGGCAUUGCAAGCAUGGGAAAGUUGAUGUUGGAAUGAAUUAUUAUGAAAAAAUGAUAAGGGAAGGGAUUCAGCCAGAUUUGAUCACAUUAAACACUCUUCUGACCGGGCACUGCAAAAAUAGAGAUUUUUCAGAGGCUGAGAAGCUUGUGGAGGAGAUGAGGAGAAGAGGCUUCAAGCCAGAUAAGGUGACAUACACAACUCUUAUCGACGCCUGUUGCAAGAGUGGGAAUCUCCAGACGGCCCUCGAGAACAAGCGGAAGAUGGUGGCUGAAGGGGUUGCGCUCGACCAGGUCACAUUCACAGCACUUAUAUCAGGAUUGUGCAGAGAAGAGCGGGCGGCCGAGGCAGCUAUAACCCUGCACGAGAUGACGAUUUCUGGGGUAGAUCCUGAUGAGAUAACCUAUAAUUUGGUUAUUAAUGCUCAGUGUAAGAAAGGAGAGGUGAGAGCAGGCUUUAAAUUGCUGCAUGAGAUGCAAAGUAAGGGUCUUAAACCAGGAGUUGUCACGUAUAAUAUCCUCAUGAAUGGUCUUUGCAAGCUGGGGCAGAUGAAAAAUGCAAAUAUACUUCUGAAUGCUAUGCUUAAUGUUGGUGUUGUUCCUGAUGAUGUUACUUAUAAUACUCUCUUGAAUGGGCAUUGCAGGCUUGGAGAAUUAGACCGUGAGAUUAUAAGUGGGGAAAUAGGAAUGGUUGCAGAUUUUGCAACAUAUACUUCUCUUGUUAAGAAUUCCCUUAGAAGGUCGAAAGGAAAUAGAAAUCAAGAGAAGAGUGUGGAUCCUUGAAGUGCUGAGGACUGUUUUGUGAUGAUUCCACUUGUCAAAAUUCUCUUAUCAUGUAUGUGUUUCUAAUGAUAAAGUAUGGAAGAAAGAACAAGAAAAUAGAAUGCAAAAAGACUAAUGUAAAGAAUGAUGCAUUGGAGACAAUAAUCCACGAUAUUGUGUUACAACAGUGUUAGUAUUUAUAAAGAUGAUGUCAUAACAGAUUGUGUUAUGAUGAUACAUAUUUGUUUUGCUGAACUGGAUUCUGAUAUCAAGAAGAAAUCCGAUUCUACUUUCUGCUUCUGAAU